GAGGGAUUCGUUUCGUCGGAUAAUUAUUUGGGUUUUUUCUCCAACUCAACCCCUCCCUCUCGCAUUCGCCCUUCUUCUUUCCCUCCCUUUUUUCAAUCUUAUCGGAAUUGUCUCCAAAUGGGAGAGGUAAAACCAGAGCCCGUCGCCAGCGUAUGGCCUACCGUUAUUCCCGCCGUCAACGGCGGAGCAUCUGGUACGCUUACCACUUGUAUCUUCAAAUCCGGCGAUACAAUCAAGUUUUCUUCGGAUGUUAACCAAGUUCCUAUAAUCGAAAAUCAUGAAGUGUCGCAAAAUACUUUUGAAAAAAAUGCAAGAGGCGAUAAAUGGGAUUUUGAAGAAGACAUGGCUUUAAUGUCAGCAUGGUGUGUUGCCAACGAACUUCAAUUUCAUGGGAAAAAUCAAAAGAAAACAUCAUUGUGGGCACAAGUUAAAAAAUUAUAUAAUGAAGCCCAGACAGAAAACCCAGAAAAACUCGGCCUGAGAAACGAUAAUCAAAUGAGAGGUCGUUGGAAACGGCUUAAUGAAAAUGCAAUCAAGUGGAUUGAAGCCUAUAGGAAAGCGUAUAAACAGAAAACAAGUGAAAUGAGUCUGAAAGAUAUUGAGAACGAAGCUCAUAAAAUUUAUGCUACAUGUGGGAGCACUUACAAUGACAUUAUUGUAUUUAAUGAAGUUAUGUGUAAAUAUCCAAAGUGGGAAUUACUAAAUGAGAGUGACACACCUUCCCAUGAAGAUGAUGAAAGUGGUGAUAGCACAAAAAGAAUAAGGACUAACGAAGAAGGGGACUAUUGUUUCCUAUCCAACACAGAAACACCAAAUAGUGGUGGUUCAACAAUUAAUCGUGAGUAUAAAAAGAAAGAAAAAUGUUCUUUGUUUCAUAAUGAAUGUGUUAUGGAUCUUCAUGCAAUAAGGAUUACUAGAGAAAGUGAAGUUGAAAUCAUGAGAAAAAGACUCGAUUUGGACCAAAGAAAGGAAGAAAGAAAGGUCAAAAAGGAAGAAAGGAAGAGUAAAAAGGUGUAUCACAUGCAUUUGAAUACACUAUUAGCAAAAGAACACUUGUCGCCAGAAGAUAAAGACAUGAAACGUCAUCUAUUGUCGAUGUUGUAUCGAAAGUAA